CCCGCGCUGCCCCACGCCGCGCCGCGCCGGCGCCGGGCGGCAGGAUGGGCUGUAUCCAAAGCAUCACCUGCAAGGCGCGGAUCCGGCGCGAGAACAUCGUGGUGUACGAUGUGUGCGCCACCAUCGACCAGUGCCCCACGCGCAUCGAGGAGACCUCGCCCAUCGUCCUGCGCUACAAGACCCCCUACUUCAAAGCCUCGGCCCGCGUGGUCAUGCCCCCCAUCCCCCGCCACGAGACCUGGGUGGUGGGCUGGAUCCAGGCGUGCAACCAGAUGGAGUUCUUCAACACCUACAGCGACCUGGGCAUGUCAAGCUGGGAACUACCUGACUUGAGGGAAGGGAGAGUAAAAGCCAUCAGUGACUCAGAUGGGGUGAGCUACCCUUGGUACGGGAACACCACAGAAACUGUGACUCUGGUUGGUCCCACCAACAAGAUCUCCAGGUUCUCCGUCAGCAUGAAUGACAACUUCUACCCAAGUGUGACGUGGGCAGUGCCAGUGAGUGACAGCAAUGUGCCACUGCUCACAAGGAUCAAGAGGGACCAAAGUUUCACUACCUGGCUGGUGGCCAUGAAUACCACCACAAAGGAGAAGAUCAUUCUACAGACCAUCAAGUGGAGGAUGAGGGUGGACAUUGAGGUGGACCCUCUUCAGCUCUUGGGGCAACGGGCCCGGCUGGUGGGCAGGACUCAGCAGGAGCAGCCCCGGAUCCUGAGCCGGAUGGAACCCAUCCCCCCCAAUGCACUAGUGAAACCCAAUGCCAACGAUGCCCAGGUCCUCAUGUGGAGGCCCAAGCGAGGACCACCUCUGGUUGUGAUCCCUCCUAAGUAGAAGCAGACUGGCCUGACUGUGUGUGGAGCACAUGACGCUAUGACACGCAGUGAGGUUGCCAGGGGUGGCAGGAGCCAAACUGAGUUUCUGAGCCAAAGCAGACCUCUUGGUUUGCCAGCCUUUGCAGCCACUUAUGAAGAGUAGGGCUGCUUCUUGGGUGGUAGAACCAUAAUCCUUAGGAAAAGUCCCUUCUUUUUAGGAAUAAAGAAAUCACUGAUAUGACAGACUUGCUGUGAUUACCAUGCAAGUAGCCAUAUUUUGGAGCUGACCAGGAUGAUUCUUUUAUCUGAACUAUUGACCAUUUCUUUCCUGUGAGAUGCAGGGGAUGGAAACAAAAUUAAACAGUGCCUGUGGCAAAUGCUGCUUCCCAACCAAUUAGAAGUGGGAGUGAAAACAUCUACACCAGGUGUUUGUCACCUAGUAGGACAAGGCACGUCCAGCAAGCAGAACCACAUGGCAGAGACUAAAGAGGAGGAAACGAGCCAUGGCUGGUGGCUCUAGAAGCUGAAGACCUGGACAGCUGAUUUCCCAUUAAAACGAGUGCCAUUAUACCUGUCUCCUCACAUCCUCCCAUCCUGUGAUGUGCACCCCCUCCUGCCCCACCAUGUGUCACGCAGCACCCCCCAUGGACUGGCUGGGCUGGCUGUUUGGCUCUCGGUGGGCUGCGCUGAAGUGGGAGCUAUGCCUGCUGUAGCUUUUUGUGUGGAAAGAUUGGGCCCAUCCAUCCAGAUCUCAAGUCCAUCCCCAACCCUCUAAGUGAAGCCGCCCAGGGAGAAGGAGCUGGUCAGCCUGGACUUGAGACACCUAAAAUUGCCCAGCCUUGGUUCCCAAACUCUGCCUUCCCUUCCCUACACUUGUGGGUGGGAAACAGAGGGAAUGCGUAUCUAUCCUUUACCUCCUUUCUCCACGUGGGUAGCCAGUGUUGAUAGUUUCUCGCGAUUUCUCUGAUCCUUGGAGCCAGGGCCAGAGCAGUCCCACUUCUCCAGCAUGACCAUACUAGGUGUCUUCAGGUGACCAAGGGCAAAGUGUAUGUCAGCAGGAUCAGUGGGGUGAGGGGAGAGCCACCCUAAGAGGGCAAAAAUGGUGUGUAAUGUUUUAUUUUGGUUUAUUGAUUGGCUUGCUCACCAGUUGAUUCAUUUAUGAAAUAUGUAUUUAUUAUACAGCAGAAAACCCACUCCCACCUUUGAGGCACCCAGCCCCAGAAUUUAUCUUCUUGGCCCCAAAGAGCACAGUGAGUUACUCCUCUCUGAAGCCACAGAAAACAGAGGGUGGAAAUUCCCUCUGUGCCCAAAUACUUCCACCCCAAUCAGAUUUUCAGCCAGAAAUGGGGUUAGAAACCACCAGCUACAGUGAGGGGAUAAAGCCACACAAAUCAGCAGAGGUUCAACUGCCCAAAUGGAAGCUUCCAGCAUCCGGCCCUCCCUUCCCCCUCCCAGCAGCACCCCCUCCACCUCCCCUCCUGCUCUGUGUGCUGGUGGGGCAGGGGCAGGGAGGGGGGCGCGGCGGGCAGUCAGCUACAGCCUGGCCACCGCAGAACCAGACUUCUCCUUCUGCUCUGGUACCGCCUUCUGAAGGCUACAUGCACAUUAGACACCCGAGGAGCUUAAAAACCAUCCAGACCCAGUACCUGCCCCCCUUAGCUCAUUACAGCAGAAUCCGGGGAUAGAGCCUGGGCACUGGUGUUUUUAAAAGUACCCUGGAUGAUCCUAAUGUGAGACUAGGGUUGAGAAGCACUUCUAGUGGUUUUUCCCUUCGUCCUGCCCACCCAUCCACCCACCCACAUCCUUUAUCCUCUCUACUUCCUGAGCUUUCUGCCAAGAAUGGGAGAAGCCACUGGGGAAUGAGAACUCUCUUCCCAUUUCUCCAGCUCCUCCUCCUCACUGAACCUUACCCAUCAGGUCAACCAACCUGAGCAGAUCCCUGGAGAGUUGGCAGGUCCCACCAUUUGCACCCUGAGGCUGAUGUCUGCACCCAGCCCAGGGGCUCUCAAAUGGUGUCCAGCUUUUCUAGCAACAGAAACCUACUCCUUGCCAGAUGCUCUCUGCAUCUGCCCUAGACUCCCCAACUCCAAAGGUUUAAAGGGCACUUGGUGACAUUUAUGUCUCCAAAUCCCAAUCCUGAUGGGAAGGCCCAGGCUGAGUCUUGAUAACCCAAGCCUUGGCUAUUUCUGCAGAGCCACCUGAAUUGAAUGGGGGUCGACUGGGAACAGAAGGAGUCUCAUUGCCCCAAGCCAGUUCUUUUCCCAACAAUUGCACAGCAUCCAAAUCCCAAAUGGCUGAGAAGAGACAUCUCCCCCUUUACACUUAUGAGAGCUCCAGAGCUGAGUGUGAGCAAACACGUGUGUGAAUGUGUGUAUGUGUGUGGUGUCCAUAUGCUGCAUACAAACCACCGAGAUCCAUAGAGAUGUACCAUGUUUAUAAUGGGGCCUGGUGAAUUCCAUAUUAGAUAUACACACAAGAAGGUUAUAAUAUACACAAACUGUCAAACACACAAGAGGUUUUUUUAGUAUUUGACUUCCCUCAUCUGAGUAAUUUCCUGGGGCAAGUGCUAGUUCACACACACCUCUGCUGCCAGCCUGUCCCCUCCCGCAUCCCAUGCCACCAAGCCUUCUUUCCCCAUUAGUUAGAAUGUCCCUACCCCAUGUCCCAUCUCUCAGGGUCCUACUCUCUGAUAGGUGACAGACGGUUCAGUCAGUGGGUGCUAAAGAGUUGAGUGUUACCCCUCCCAGGUGACAUUUAUGUUUUAAUUGGGGCUACAGAUAAUGCCUUAAUCCGAAGGAGUGGCUCUAAUGGUGGGUAUCUCAGGCACAGCCUUGGGCCAGUAAGGGAGAUUAUUUUUUAUCGGGGAGCUUCUUAGGGCCUCCCCAAACCAUACCUAUCUCUAAGAUCAAGCCUUCCUAAGUACAUGAGCACAAGCAAGCACACUUACCUACAUACACUUUCCAGGAUUUUGAGACACCUCCCUUAUAUUGGCCUAAACUUUACAAAUGAAAAAAAAAGAGAGAGAGAGAGAGAGAAGAAGAUGAAAAAGAAAAGGAAGGAACAGCUAAAUUAAUUUAAACCUCACUGGGAAAUGUAGCCUAUUUUUCACUGGCCGCCAGCCAUCUGGCCCACCCCACCCUGGUCCAUUUACCUUCUGCUCCUUCUCUUUUCUGCUACCACCCCAUCAGUUAAUUUACUCAAAAGCAUCCUCUCUGUACCCACCCCCACCUCUGACAAAUAUAUUUCCUUCCUUCACUGUUUCCCAUUUGGAAUUGCGCUGUUUUUCGGUGUUGUCUGGACAAAGAACAGGUUAAAAGCAUGAGCAUGUGUGUAUCGCUUGGAAGAAAGAGAAACCAGGUAUUCUGCUGCAGUUUGGAAAAAAAAAAAGCCACUGGAGGAAGAGACGAAAGCUGGCUCUGCAGAGUGCCUUAAAAAUGACUUUAAUUAGGAAAUUCUGAGUCGUCAGUCUUUGGAUGUUACAUAAACUCAAACAGAUGUUGCAUUUCACUUCUCUGGGAUUAAAAAAAGUUAAAUACAGUAUGUAUUCAACAACAACAAA